GACCUUUUCCGCUCUCUUUCUCUCUCACUCACACAUGCAUUUAAACAGGAUGAGGCAGAAACACUCAAGAACAGAUAGAAAGAGGUAGCAUUUUACAUCCUGCACUUGAGCAUGGACUUUGACUACCAAAAACUUAAAGAUGCUGAAUCUCACCAGAGAGAACAGCGACUGAGCGCUCUUCCUGUCCAACAUCCAAGACCAAAGCCCCGUCCAUCUGUAGUUCCAGAGAACCAUCCCACAACCAAGAAACCUCCCGUAAAGCCCCGGCGGAGCAUAAAAUGUCGUUCCACAGCACAACAAGAGACAGAGAAAUUAAACCAGGGACCUCAGAAGGAAAAUGAGACGACAGUGAAGCGGAUAGAUCCUGCUCUGGUUUUGGGUCCCGUGAGGCCCCUGGAGUCUCUGGCUCCAUCUCUGCGUGCUCACACUCUGCUGUGGUUUGAAAGAACGCAGCUGCCUCGACUGCACAGGCCCGGACAGCCUCUUCCCCGCUGGCUCCAUGGUUUCGCUACACGCAGGGAAGCGGAACAGCUGCUGCAGGAUAAGCCACAAGGCUGUUUCCUGUUGAGGCUCAGCGAGUCAAAGAUCGGCUUUGUGCUGUCUUACAGAGGAGAGGACCGGUGUCGUCAUUUCAUAGUUGAAGAGGAGGAGUGUGGAUCAUCUGGUAGUGUAUAUCUAAUUGCUGGAGAACACAGCCGUCAUAGAAGCCUGGAUGAACUAAUCAGCUACUACACCCAUAAUCCUGUGGGGCCCUUUAAUGAGAUACUGACUGUGCCUUGUAUACAGCCUGAUGGGGGCUUUGCGGAAAUUAAUAGGUGGACUGUGAAGGAUGGAGAAGAAGAGAGAAAUGGAAAAGCAAUGAAUCAAGAGGAGCAAACAAAACUGCCCAUGGCCGUCGGUCCAGCUGUUCUGAAUUCAUUAUCCACAAACCCCUCCUUACAGACCACUUCUGUUACAGAAGAGCCUGUGCAGUAUGCAGCCGUGAGAAAGCCACUAAAAAAGACCUACUCGCUGCCAGAAUGCAAGUGUGGAACUGAAAUAGCGCCACCUGGUUUAGAAAAUGGCAGUUUUGAGCAUGCUGAAAGACCCAUAAAUCUUAGUCCAACAGUGGAUCAAGCUUCUUUUGUGGAUGUCCCAUAUGCUCGAGUUAACAAACCCCCCAGAGCAGUAUCAGAAAAUACCCCCAACUUUAGUGCCCACCCUGACCUCCAGGGAGCAACAGCAGCCUUUAUUCCUCCAUCCAUCCCAAACUUUGACACAACAGCAGGAGACCCAAAAUACUGGAAAUUGGAGCCCAUUCACACUUAUGAAGAAACCCCCCACACACGCAGACGUCCAGAAGAGAUUGACUGCUAUGCCGUGGGGUGGAGGAGGCAGGCGUCAGGAGAUGAAGUUAACCUUCCAAAGAAUCACCUGUAUUCAGAGGUGAACAUCAGGGGUGCCCAAGAAGGCCUUGCUGUACCAAGACCCGGGCCUAGUCUUCCUCUUAGACCACCCCCAAGAUCUGCUCAUGGUCCUUUGCGACCAGAGCUCACCGGACAGAGUUUUGGUGUGCCUCCACUGACGACUCAACCUCAAAACUCUGGUUUUCAUCAUUCAGAGCAGCCAUAUCUGAAUGCUUCCGCCAGCUCCAUUUAUGAGCAGAUUCCAGAAAGACCAACCAGCUCUAGAGCAUGUCCGCCCCCACCAAACCCCAAACGCUGAUCUCAGGAUUAUGCAGACCUCUGAAUUCACCCAGAGUAUUUCCUUUAUAAACACUCUGUAUAAUUUCAAAAAAAACAUCAUAAUUAUAAAUUAGGAUGACAUAUAUGUGUACCAAAAUAUUACAUUGUUUAUAAGCUGUAUAUACAUUUCUAAGGCUUGUUAAUGGUGACUUCCCCAUGGAGGUUAUAGGCAUGUUUUUCAUUUAUUUAAAUUGUAAUUGUAUCUGGAUAUACAUUUUUCCAUAGAAUCAGUCACUUAUUCAAAGUUACAAUUGCACAGUAAAUAAUUUCAUAAUUAAUCAAAUAUAUUAUUCAGAUUACCAACCACAGAUUUUGUUUGUGUCAGUGAACUGCAGACCUCCCUAGUCAUUUUUAAUUACCUAAAGAUUGAUGAUAGCUUCAAGUGAGGUUUAGUAGACCAUAAUAUAACUAUCUUGAAUUAUUUAGCUGAUGAUAUUACCGUAAAAGACUAAGAAUGCACUAAUCAUUGCAGGAAAAGAACAUCACAGAACAAGAAAGCAGACACACAGAUGAAAGCAUAUUUCAGUGAGUGACAAGACACACAAUGACAGCAUCUCUGUAAAACCCUCUUUUAUUUCCACAAACAAGCCCCAUGUUGAUCAUGAAGAGCUGAACAGUUCUGUUUAGUAUGUCUGAGCAUGUAGCAUUUGAGAAUCAGUACAAAAAGAAAAGAAGAAAACUAAAAUAAAAUGGUGCACCUGAAGCCACCCUGGAAUGGCCAUUUUAAAUACCAAAUGCAGUUGGUGAUCCUCCUUUUUGCUUAUGCCUCUAACUAAUUUUCUGAUGAAGACCAACAUCACUUAAAAACAAAUCAUAUUAAAUCAUUGACCAUUUACCCCAAUAUGGGUAAUUAAUUUAUUCAAAAACAACAUUCUCAACUCCCACCCACCAUAAUUCUCUUUAAUGCCCACCCCCCCCAUUCCCACAAUGAUCCCUGAUCUGUUUUUGUCUUGUAUUAGAUAACUCAAUUCUUUUUGCUCUUCGGUGAGUCAUACUUUCUCUUGCUGGAGUACCACAGGAGCAGAGGAAUGCCAAUGGAGGGAAGGGUCAUGACACCAAAA